UAACAGUCCAGAGGGUUGGUCCUUCCUCCUUCUUGAUGCAAAGUGAAACAUGAGCUGCUGUUUUGAUCUUCAGUUCCUACACUACUAAUGGCAGGACGUCUAGCUCUGCGUUCAGCUGAGGCACCAGCUUUUUGUGUGUUCCUUAGGUCCACCACAACAAGUCUGGACUUAAAGAGAGAUGCAGGAGGAAAUGCUACAGCUUCUGCACCUCCUGGGAGCAUCAGGACGGAAGCUAACCUCCCCGAGGUCUCUCUUCCCACAGUACUGUACAGGCUGAUCAUUCAAGGGUACUACAAUAACAUGCAUGAACUGCAGUUAAUUGACAAGCAGCGUUAUGGCCCUAUCUAUAAAGUAAGAGGUGGCGAUAAGCAUACAAUUGCACUGAAUAGUGUGGAGCUGCUGGAGGAGCUGAUGAGGAAAGAUGAUAAAUUCCCUACCAGAGGAGACAUGGCUCUCUGGACUGAAUACCGAGAUAUGCACGGUUAUGGUUAUGGUCCUGUCACUGAGGAAGGAGAGGAAUGGUACAAACUCAGAUCCGUGCUGAACAAGCGUAUGCUACAUCCAAAGGACUCUGUGAAGUAUGAGAAUGUGGUUAAUGAGGUGGUCACAGAUUUUAUCAAACGGAUAUGCCACCUACGCCAGAUGAGCUCCACUGGAGACCUGAUACCCAACAUGUCCAAUGAGCUGUAUCGUUUCAGUCUAGAAGGAAUUUCCCGCAUAUUGUUUGAGACUCGUAUUGGCUGUCUUGAAAAUGAGAUUCCACCAGAGACUCAAAACUUCAUCAACUCCAUUGCCCAGAUGUUCACUUAUACAAUGGCUGUGAGUGUGUUACCCAAGUGGACUCGCAAUUAUUUGCCAUUCUGGAGGCAUUACACAAGUGGUUGGGACGGAAUCUUCAGAUUCGCCGGCCAGUUAAUUAACAGGAAGAUGGAGGACAUUCAGAAGCGCCUGGAUGCAGGUCAGGAAGUUGCAGGAGGGUAUCUCACCUACUUGCUUUCCAACACUAACAUGAGUGAAAAGGAUGUGUACGGCAGUGUUACUGAGCUGCUUCUGGCAGGAGUGGACACAACAUCCAACACUAUGAUGUGGGCCUUGCACCUGCUGUCACAAGAUCCAAAGGCACAGGACACACUGUACCAGGAAGUUAACAGUGUCAUCAAGGGGGACAAAAUUCCAACAGCUGAGGACAUUAACAGAAUGCCCUACCUCAAGGCUGUCAUCAAAGAGACUCUAAGAAUGUACCCAGUUGUUCCCAUGAACGCACGCCUUCUAUCAGAAAAAGAUGUGAUUAUCGGAGGACACUUCUUCCCUAAGAAGACCACAUUUAUAAUGCAUCAUUAUGCAAUCGGUCAUGAUGAGACGACAUUUCCCGAACCAAAAGUCUUCAAGCCUGAGCGUUGGUUACGGGACGGGAGGGAGCGUCCCAGCCCAUUUGGAUCCAUUCCAUUUGGAUUUGGAGUGAGAGGAUGUCUUGGCAAACGUAUUGCUGAACUGGAGAUGCACUUGGCUCUGGCAAGGAUAAUAAAGCUGUUCGAAGUCAAGCUGGAUCCCAAUGUGGGAGAGGUCAAAGCUCUCAGUCGUAUUGUGCUUGUGGCAGACAAAACAGUCAAUUUUCAUUUUCUGGAGCGGAAACAAGUAACCACUGAAAGCUGCUCUGAGCUUUAAAAUCCACCAAACAUCUAUACACCCACUAUAAAAACACUUUUUAUGAAAACUCUUUCUCCAAAGAGGUGUCGUGGUGUCUCACUGUAGCACCAUGAUCCUGCCAUAUUGGUAAACUAGGAAGCACAGAGACUCUUCUGUCACCUGUAAGGAACCCAGUCUCCAUCAUUCUACCAGUCCUUCUAUAAACUCUGUCAUCUCACUGGUGUGUCUUUAUGUAUUGAUGUGAAUGAAAAACAGCUAGAGCAUGAAUUUAUUC